AUGGCGACUGCUGAACCGGAAGCUUCAACAAAUCCAUCAAAUUCAGAAGAAAAAAACGAGGAAAAUGAGCAAGAGAUCGUGAGUCUUGAAGAUUACAUUAAACAUCCACUGCAGAACAGAUGGGCUCUUUGGUUCUUUAAAAAUGACAAAAGCAAAACAUGGCAAGCUAAUCUCCGUCUCAUCUCAAAGUUUGACACAGUGGAGGACUUCUGGGCGUUAUACAAUCACAUUCAGUUAUCAAGUAACUUAAUGUCAGGAUGUGAUUACUCCCUUUUCAAGGAUGGCAUUGAGCCCAUGUGGGAAGAUGAGCGAAACAAGCGGGGUGGCCGCUGGCUGAUCACCCUCUCCAAACAGCAGCGCAGAGCUGACCUGGACCGCUUCUGGCUGGAAACACUUUUGUGCCUUGUUGGAGAAGCGUUUGAUGACCACAGUGAUGAUGUCUGUGGUGCUGUCGUUAACAUCCGAACAAAGGGAGACAAAAUCGCAAUAUGGACGACAGACUACGAGAACAAAGAUGCCAUCGUACACAUAGGGCGUGUGUACAAAGAAAGAUUAGGUGUGCCACCAAAGGUCAUCAUUGGAUACCAGUCACAUGCGGACACGGCCACCAAAAGCGGUUCCACCACCAAGAACAAGUUUGUUGUUUAAGGAGCCUUUUAAACAAUGCUGCAUCAACAGUCUGAAUCUAUAUCAAAUCCAGAUCUUCAUCAACAGUGACAUAUAAACAGACAAGCAGGAUCUGACCUUUCCACAGGAUUCUGUGAGGGAAACACUAGGAAAUUAAAGGCCUUGAGAUUUGAAGAUUAUUCAGAGGAAUAUCGUAUUUACAAAACUGUACAGUGUAUAAAAAACAAAGCCACGUUCUUUUUUUAAUUGUCAACGUACUAUUAACGAAUCUUUUUUGCUAGUGGGGAUUGGGGGAGUGCGUUCGAUUCAAUUUAUGAAUGUUUUUCUUUCAUAUUCCGUUUGACUUUUUUAUGUUGUGUUGCAGUUAUUAAAUCUUAAGUGUAAUUUAUUUAUUUUUUUACUCGGUGCACUAAUUUCUGCUUUGGAUUUAGUGUUUAAGUGAUUUCGACAGUAACCUGAUCAUGCUAUUUCUAAUCACACUAUCUCGUAUUGCAGCUUGAGAAUGUCAAAGGUUGGCUCUGUUGCAAAGACUGUUGUAUAAAUGUGUAUUUUUGCAGUCUUGUUCCACAUUCCUCAUGUCGAGUGUUUAAGGCAGUAUUGAGACAACGGAUCUCCUUUUUACGCAAAGUAGCUGGAUUUCUUUGUAAUACGAAACAUAACUCCUUUCUUGAACAUGGGUGCUUAUGAAAAUGUACGGAAAAAAACUGACUGUAAAUAAAUUGUACAGUGCAUUGUCUAUAACUAGUAAGAGCCUCUGAAAUGCUUAUGUUUAUGAUAAAUAAAUAAUCCUCUCUG